AUGACGCUUAGCGCAUCUGCCUCAUCAGUCUCCGCGGCCAAAAUGGCUUUGCGGAAGCAGGUCCGCGCCAGCCUAAAAGUCCUGGAUGACGCGGAGCUAAACCGCCAAAGCGAGGCGGUCUGCGAACGGCUUGUGCGCAGUAGCUUUUGGGCGGCGAGCCAGACCAUCGGGGUGUUUCUCGCAAUGCCCGCGGGGGAGCUUCGAACAGGUCCAAUCCUGCAGCAUGCGUACGCCGGUGGUAAGCGGGUUUUCUGCCCUCGAGUGAUGGGUGAUGGCUGGAUGGAGUUCUUUGAGGUGAAGAGUAUGGAGGAGGCUAAGGCGUUGCCACUGUCCAAGUGGAAGAUCCCCGAGCCACCAGAGACUUUCCCCCGAGCGGAGCCUAUUGACCUGGAUUUGUUGCUGGUCCCGGCCGUUGCUUUGGACCUGAGUCGUCGGCGCUGCGGCCAGGGCAUGGGCUUCUACGACCGCUAUGUGCAGCGGGCCAAGCAGCGCCCAGAGGGCAGUCGACCUCUGCGGACGAUCGGUUUGGGAUUGCUGCAGCAGAGACAGGAGGAGGUGCCGUGCGAGCCCCAUGAUGAACAAUUGGAUGCUGUCAUUUUUCCGGACUGUGAGGCAUUUCCGCAGGACUCUCCGGGCUGCAGGGAUGCCGGAGCAUGUCCCUGA